GAAGCAACUGCAAAUGGCCAGUUCUCCGAUACCUUGAUAUUUUCUGAUACCAGACUGCGGAGGGUCUGAGGAGAACCCGCAAGUGAAACGGUUGGUGGCGAUAACUCCCUUCGUGGGAGAAGCCCGUCGUUAAACAGAAGAAGAAGAAGCAACAGGAGGUUGAGCUCGGUGGACAUGGCGGACGGCUGCAGCUCCCAAGUCGUAAGAUAAACGUCAAGGGAAGCGAAACCGAAGACGAGAGGCGGCUGCAGGAGGACCAGAACUUAUUUUGAUGUUACAUGGGUAGCCGGGGCUGCCCAGGACUGUAGUCGCCCCGACUGAAGCCGCAUGGCGUCCACUCAAGCCCGGAUAGGCCAGCAGGCCUUAGCGGUGCUGGAUGUGGCUCUGCGAGUUCCCUGUAUCUUUAUUAUCGACGCCAUUUUUAACUCUUACUAUGACCCUGGUUCGGGAUGGGCCGGGGCGAUGGGCAAGGUGUUGGUCAGAGUCAUGGGUGUCCUCAUCUCCAGCGUCGUGCUACUGCUCUCCCAGAAAGCCUUGUUCAAGUUCUACACUCUCUUCUUUGCCGUUCUCCUCGGCAUGGCGGCUGUCCUCAUCAACUACUACGCCACCUCUCACAUAGACUUCUACAGCGCCUACUACAAAGCAGCGCUGGGGUUCAGGUUACUGCCCAGAAACGGGCCAACGCUGUGGCUGGGCAUGGCCGCGGUGCAGCUCGUGUUUGGUGUGGGCUACGUGUUCCUUCUCAACCUCCAGUCUGUGUUUGCCGCGCUGGUGGUGCUGGACAUCAUGAUCCCUCUGUGGGGGCUGAUGAUCGAGCUUCCCGCAGACGUCAGGCAGCUGGUGGCCAUGUUCUCAGGCCUGGCGCUGGCUCUCAACACGGCUGUGUGCCUGGCCAUGAGGCUCAAAUGGUUCUACUAUUCGUGCCGGUACGUCUACCUGCUCGUACGGCACAUGUACAGGAUCUACGGGCUUCAGCUGCUGCUAGAGGACACAUGGAAGAGGAUCAGGUUCCCUGAUGUGCUGCGGGUGUUCUGGCUGACCCGGGUCACCGCCCAGGCGCUGAUCCUUGUCUAUGUGGUGCGGGCGGUGAGGAGGGAGAGCGGGGAUGCCACAGGAGGUGCCACAGAUGGGAGCUCUGACUCACAGGGUUACCUGCUGAGCUGGGAUGUGUUCUGGGAUUUGACGAGUAACCUGAUCAUCUCUGGCUGCGACUCCACACUCACUGUGCUGGGGAUGAGCGCUGUCAUCUCCUCCGUUGCGCACUACCUCGGCCUCAGCAUCCUGGCCUUCAUAGGUUCGACGGAGGAGGAGGACAAGCGUUUAGGCUUCGUGGCUCCUGUUCUGUUCUUCAUCCUAGCUCUGCAGACCGGCCUCAGCAGCCUGGACCCAGAGGAACGGCUGGUCCGUCUGAGCCGGAACAUGUGCCUUCUGCUGACGGCCAUCCUCCACUUCAUCCACGGCAUGACCGACCCCGUCCUGAUGUCCCUCAGCGCCUCCCACGUCUCCUCCUUUCGCCGCCAUUUCCCCGUCCUGCUGGUGUCGCUGGCGCUCUUUGUGCUGCCCGUGGCGCUCAGCUACGCCCUCUGGCACCACUACGCCCUCAACACCUGGCUCUUUGCCGUCACUGCCUUCUGUGUGGAGCUCUGCCUCAAGGUGGUGGUGUCGCUGACGGUCUACGGCCUCUUCAUGGCCGAUGGUUUCUCCAACGUCCUGUGGGAGAAGCUGGAUGACUACGUCUACUAUGUGCGCUCCACAGGCAACAUCAUUGAGUUCCUGUUCGGCGUCAUAAUGUUCGGAAACGGGGCGUACACCAUGAUGUUCGAGUCGGGCAGCAAGAUCCGCGCCUGCAUGAUGUGCCUGCACGCCUACUUCAACAUCUACCUGCAGGCCAAGAACGGCUGGAAGACCUUCAUCAACCGCCGCACAGCUGUCAAGAAGAUCAACUCCCUGCCGGAGAUGCGCGGGGACCAGCUGAGGGACAUCGAGGACGUGUGCGCCAUCUGCUACCAGGAGUUUGCCACCUCGGCCCGCAUCACGCCCUGCCACCACUAUUUCCACGCGCUGUGCCUGAGGAAGUGGCUCUACAUCCAGGACACGUGCCCCAUGUGCCACCAGAGAGUUUACGUCGAGGAGGAGAGCCGGGACAGAGCCGCCUUCUCAAACAACAACGGGGGCUACGCAGCGCCGCAGGACGCCGCUGCAGCAGCCCCGCCAGCACCGGGGGAAAACCAGCAUGGACAGCCGCCUGCUGAGCUGCCAGCUGAUGGAGCGGCAGCCGGCGCGCAGGCAGCAGGAGGACCGGGGGAGCUCAACAACGAGCUCCUGGAGGACAAUGACAGCAUAGAGUAUGACGAGGACGAGUGGGGGACUCAAAAUGGCAGCACGCCAAUAGAAGAAGACUAUAUCAAUGAUGACACUGACUCCACUGAGGACUGACGAGAGAAAAAUACAUAUAUCUUUAUUAUAUUUAAGUUAAAGAGAGUUAUAAAACACAACUUUAGCAUUUUAAUUUGUUCUUGAAAAAUGUCAGGGAUGUCAUUCUCUUUUUUCUUGUUAGUUUCUUUUCGUUUGAUUCUGAAUUUGGGUUUUACUCUAUAAGGGCUCGUGGAAAGAGUAACUGCUGCUCUCAUUCUGUGUGUCGAGUGAAUGUGUGUCUGUCUGUUUGUCUAUUGGGGCUGCAUGAUGUAGACCAAAAAGUCAUUCUGUCUUUUUUUUAUUUUAUUUUUUUUAUUUUCUUGGAGAUCCUGCAACAAAUCUCGCCAUGUGGACACAGCUGUCUGUACAGAAUUCAUUUCUCAAACGCCUCAAACCUGAUACACACCAGGAAGUGGAAAUAUCAGAUUUUCUGCAGCUCAGAGCACAACUCUGCCUUGUUGAGCAAACUUUUGAAGAAAGACGAGAAGCUACACCUAAGUCAAAUCACGACUUUGUUUAGAUUCUGUCACUUGUGCAGCCCUAAUGUAUAUUUGUGUGUGUGUGUGUGUGUGUAAGGAAAUGUGUAAUCGUGUGUGUGUGUGCCUGCCGACGUGUAAUGUGCUUAGACGAUGUCUUAAAGAUGCAGUUCUUUUCCUUUGUGGUGUUUAUAAUAGGGGAAACGCUGCAGUUUGUUAGUUUGUUAACGACAAACGUGUGGAGCGACAAAACAAAUUCAAGCUUAAAUUGAUCUGCAAGUCAGAAUUUGAGACACAAUUUGAGAGAAAAAAAAAGUGUAUUUUUGGGUUGAAACCUUCUGUCACUACUUCCUCCAGCUGGUUUGGCAGAUUCUUACGAAUCUGAGAAUAUACAGUACCAGUCCAAAGUUUGGAAACUUUCCCAUUCACUUGAAUGUGUCCAAACUACUGUAAUGUACUGCACUUUAAGGCUUCAGCAAGGUUUUUUUUUUUUUUGUUCUGUUCAGACCUGG